AUGAAGUAUGCCACGACUGCUAAGGCCGUGAGCUGCGUGCUGGCGGCUCUCAUAGCCCACGCCUCGGCCGCAGACACACCAUACUACUCGCUGAGCACGACGCCGUCGGGGCCCGUCUCGCAGGCGCACGUGCCGCAGUUCGUCAGCUACUCGUUCGAGCCGGCGUUCUGGGGCGAGUUCUUCGGCGAGCCCUCCGCGCCGCGCAACCUGACGUUCGCGCUGCUGAAGCACCUGCACGAGCGGGGCGCGCGGCCCAUCAUCCGCGCCGGCGGCAUCACCAUGGACAGCAUGGUGUUCGACGCGUCCCAGGCCCUCUCGGCGGUGCGCACCGAGAACGCCAAGGGCGGCAUCUACCGCACCACCAUCGGGCCGGCCUUCUACGACAGCUGGGACAACUUCCCCGCCGGCACCACCUUCGUGUCGACGCUCAACUUCGGCAACGACUCGCUGGCCAUCGCGCGCGGGCUCGCCAUGGCCUCGCACGCGCGCCAGGCGCCCAAGAUCGCCUACUACGAGCUGGGCAACGAGCCGACCAACUACCCGGCGGGCCGGUGGCGGCAGAACACGUCAGCGUACGUGGCGCAGUGGCGCGAGUUCACGGGGCGCAUCGACGCGGCGGUGGUGGGCGCCAGCCUGGGCAAGUGGUGGGCAUCCUCCGCGACGACCGACGUGACAGGGCUGCGCGUGCGCCCGAGCGACCUGAUCCCGGCCGGCAUCAACAGCACGGGCGAGGUCGGCCAGUACUCGAUCCACUCGUACGCGUUUGCGACGUGCGACCAAGCCCGCGCCGCCCGCGCCACCACGGCCAACCUGCUCAACCACACGGACCUCACGCGGUACGCCGACGUCGAGAUCCUGCCGUCGGCGCGCGCGGCCAUGGAUGCGGGCGCGGCGUGGGUGGUCGGCGAGUUCAACUCGAUCGCGUGCAGCGGCAAGCCGGGCGUGUCGGACACGUUCGCGCAGGCGUUGUGGGCGGCAGCCGCGUCGCUGCUGUACGCGGCGCGCAACGCCACGUCGGUGCACCUGCACCAGGGCGCCACGCUGGCCUUUCAGAGCGACCAGCAGCUCAACACGCCCGGCGACGACGGCUCGCCCGGCUUCAGCAGCUACGCCCUGUUGUACCCCGUGGCGUCGUCCAAGCGCGGCCCUGCCCGCGUCCUGCCCGUGUUUGUCUCGCAGCUGCUUGUCGCCGAGGCGCUAGGCGGCGGCAGUGCCCGCAUUGCUGCGCUGGCGACACCCGUCGGGGUCAAGCCGAGUGAGUUCGCUGCGUAUGCCGUGUUCGUGGGUGGGAGUGGAGCGCCGGUGAGGCUGGUCGUCUUGAACUUGAGGCCGUACUAUGCCGGUCAGGGGGCGGCGGUGGGGGCGCUAGUGCUCGAUGUCGGGCCGCAUCAGGGCGCCACGGUCAAGCGCAUGACUGCCCCGUCGGUGGACGAGAAGGACGCCGCUAAAGUCACAUGGGCUGGGCAGUCGUUUAGGGAUGGCGACGCCGUGGGGAAUGUCACUGUCGAGACUCUGGGGCCCCGUGGGCAGGUGGUGGUUCGCGACAGCGAGGCUGUUUUGGUUACGUUCAGCUGA